AUGUCCAUCGCCAGAUUUCUGCUUUGUUGCACCGCGCUGACUGCAGCAAAGUGUCGGAGCCGGCGGAUGAAAUGCGAUGAACGUCGGCCCAGAUGCCUAAUGUGUCAUUUGUCCAAGGUCUCUUGUGCAGGGUACGACAAGAGUUUGGUCUUUGCGUCCGAAGAUAACACGACUACGGGAGCGGUGCGUUUUCGGCGCCCGUUCUUGGAUGACGAAGAAAGAGCUCGCAUGUGCGAUUGGCUUACUACAAGUGUGCCUCCUCACUUGGCUCUGUGGCAUAUCACUGGAAUCGAUGACGCAUGCGAGGCAUCGGCGGCUCCCGAGCUUCAAGUUUGCCGCGGUCCGUUUGGUGCCUUCAGAUUAGUCGGUUCCCUCACGCCCGAGCUAAUGCACACAACGGUGACGACAAUGCCAGACACUAGCUCUGAGGAAGUGGAAAGUCAUGAGCCUGCUUCCGACGAACCUUGUGGGCCUGCCGACACCGCCUUCGAAGGAACUGGCGACCAUCCAAUACUUCCGGCCGAAUAUACUGAGCACGGCGAGAAACCCACACUGGUGGAACCGUCGACCAGCUGCUGGGAGCCUGCGAUAAACCAUAGUGGCCAGAUCCAGGCAAUUUUCAAUGAUGCAGCGUUGCUCGAACUAGAACUCUUGCCCAUUGAGUCAAUGUGUCUUCCAGAUUGCUCUCCUAUUGACCCCAUGAUAGGCCCCAAUUCGAACCCUCCUCCAAGACCAGGUCCAUCGUCGAUCCCUCCGGGGAUUCGAACCAUUGUACCCCUUCCAGAAGACGCAGUAUAUCUGCUGAAACAUUAUUCAACGACAGUUCUGGCCUUGUUCACUCCGUUUAAGCACAGCAAAACACCUUGGCACAUAUUGUUCCUCCCGCACGCGAAAAGCACCCUGGCCGGGCUCACUUUGCGUGAGAACCUGGACCACGCCAGCUUGUGUGCUUUCUACGGCAUCCUCACUAUCAGCGCUGCGAGCCUUAGUGGGGUUUCUGGCUCCCAGAGGUGGUUAACGAAAGCAAUCGAGUACGAGGCACUGGCUCAAGAACACUCCAGGCUCAUGCUGUAUUCAGCAUACGCCCUGCCCAAAGCCGCCAAGUACAAAACGACUUUGAUUGCACUUUUGACCAUGCUUCAGAUCUCACUGGUCUCCUGUAACCCGGAAAGAACGGAAUUCUUCUUCUUGGAGGCCGAGAGGUUUAUUCGUCUGAAGGGGCUUAACCGGCGCAAAUCUCGCAAGGUCCGGCUUCUUCACCACUGUUACGCAUUCGAGCGUGUCCUGUACGAGAGCACCGUCAGAGAUGGUACAACUUCAAGGCAUCGUUUAGAAGUGCGCAUGGCGGUUGAGUCGAGUGGCGCUGCCUCAUUCAGCCAAGAUAGCCUCUCAUUCCGCUUGGGCAGCUGGAACAAUCUUGACCAAGAGAUGCUCAAAGUCAAGGGCAGAGAGGAGGGUGAAAACGACCUUCAUCUAGAAAUACCGGGUCUUUGGGCAGCGACUCUGUACCCGGAAAUCUUCGGUAUACCAGAGGCCUGGCUCCUUCUUCUUUCGCUCGUCAUUCGACUCGUAAGGGAAAAGGAGCUCGCCGAACGAGACUGCCCCGAUGCGAUAAGCCUGGGGGAGUUUUUGCGCAGGGCGAGGGCGGUGGAACAGUGCAUCAACAACCUGAAUCUUUUGCCGACCUGGUCGAGCCUGGCCGGCCGUCAAACCGAUGAAGCGGCCACCACUCGCGGCUUGCUGGAUAUCUUGGUUGAUGCCAUGCAGCAGGCUCUGGCAAUAUUCUUUUAUCGGCGAGUAUACGAAGUCGACUCAAGCUUAGUUCAAGAAAAGGUACUUACGAUUCGCAAUCUGCUACUGCGGGUCGAGUCCACCGACAUUGGCCUAGGGCAGAGCUACUGCCGACUGCUCUGGCCGGCAUACAUCGCCGCGGGCGAAGCCGAAGACGCUGCUGUUCGGGUUUCGUUCUCCAACUGGUUCAAGAAUUCCGCACGACACAGCGGGUUAGGGUUAUUUAUGAGGAAACUAGAGGACAUUGAACGACUUUGGAUGACUCGGUCACGUACCAUGCAGCCCGGACCCUCACGGAAUGACAUGAUGGGAAGUAGCAACUUUGUCUGUGCGUAA